UUUUUUAAUCUGUUGUCUUCAUCCGUCCGUCAUCGAGUAUGUUUGGGUUUCUUGUCGAUUUAUUUUGUGUAAAAUGAAAAUGGUUUAAUUUCUUAUUCAACAUGGAAAAUGUAAAAAAUACGUACUGUCGCUUUUGCGCAGAGCUUAAGAGCACGGACAAAGUGUUAAACUUGCAGCUUGACGACAGAAAAUGUGAUGAAAUACACUUGAAGCUUGCCUUUCUGAAUGCGUUGUAUGUAAACGUGAACAGUGACAAUAUUCUGCCGAAAACUGUUUGUUUCGUUUGUUACGACUCUUUGAACAAGGCUUACGAGUUCCUGGACAAGGUGAGACGGUCUCAAGAUGUGUUAUCGAGCCUGUUUUCUGGAAAUGAAGGCUUUAAAUAUGGGACAUCGGACGACGAUAAAGCAACUGGUUUCGACGAUUUCCUGGCCAACGACGACUCCGAUCAUGAAUAUAAGAUAGGUUGCGGUAUUAGCGGAGGUGUGAAUGUUAAAAUAGAGCCUUUCGAGUUCUCUGAGAGUAAUAUGGGUGAGGAUAUGAAGCAGCCAGGAAGUCCUAGCCAAGAAAACUUUAAUACAGACUCGCUAAAUGUGCAGGAUAUUAUUGACGCUGCGAUGUCUACUUCUAAUAUUACUUUGUAUGAGAAAGAUGUGUCGGAGGUGAGCAAGAAAGUGGUCAAAACAUGGAAGGACUACCCGUGGCUCUGUGCCUAUUGUAACAUUGAGUUCCUGGACAUGGACACCUUACGUUCCCACGCCAAGGUCGUCCAUGGCAAAUGCUCAGCGUUCAUGUGUGUGGACUGCAAGGUUGUUAAAAAAGAUAACUUCACCUCCUUCAUAAAACAUGUACGGAAACACAGAAAGAGUCUAAGAGACUAUUGCCAUUACUGUGAUGAAAUAAUUAAUCCAGGAGAAACCAAAAACAAACAUAUGAAAAAACAUUUUGUGAAACCUCAAGUGGCAUGUCCUGGUUGUGGUGAGAUUCAAAAAGAUGAGGAAGAGCUAAAAUUCCACCGUCAGGAAUUCAGCCAAACCAAGCACAAGAGAAGACCGAGAAGGAAAAAAGGCACACCGAUCACUCUAGAAGAAGUCACCUGCCAUUUAUGCAAGAAAAUAUAUAAGACACCGAAUAGCUUAAGAGAUCAUAUGAAAUUACACACAGUGGACCGAAAAAGAAACUACACGUGUGACCGAUGCGGAAAGAUGUUCUACAACAAAGGGACUCUUACGUCACACAUCAUGUCUCACGAUAAAGUUCGUCCUCAUGUCUGCAAAAUAUGCAACAAAUCCUUCCUAUUCCCAAACAUGUUACGGAGGCAUGUUGAAAUGCAUUCGGGCGUGAAACCAUUUCCAUGCGAAAUGUGUGGCAGAUGUUUCCGUUUGCAGUAUCAAUUGAAUGCUCACAAAAUAAUCCAUACCGACGCCAUGCCUCAUGUAUGUACGUAUUGUAAUAAAGCAUUCCGUUUUAAACAAAUUUUAAAGAAUCAUGAGCGACUGCAUACUGGUGCUAAGCCUUACUCGUGCUCUCAAUGCCAUAUGGAGUUUACGAACUGGUCAAAUUACAACAAGCACAUGAAAAGAAGACAUGGAAUGGAUACGUCAAAGAAGAAAAUUACUCCUGAAGGAGUAUUUCCAAUAAAUCCGGAGACAGGUCAAAUCAUGCAAGUUCAAGACCCAAUAGGGACAGAAGAAUGGAAGUCAAAGAUCAUGAUCCCAGCUAAAAGGGGGAAGAAAAAGAAAAAUAUUAAAGUUGAUAGUCACACUAAUUAAGAAAGGCCUUACAAAAUAUUAGAUUAUAAGCCACACCCAUAUUAUAUUGUAAAUACAAAAAUAGUUUUAGGUAUAAGUCUAGAAUAUUUUUAUAGAGAAGGACAACUUCCCUGCCCUGUGACUGGGUCAAAUGUGACUCACAUUUAUUUAAUGUUACUAUUGUAUUUACUUGUAACUGUUAUUAGAGAUUAUUUUUAUUUUCGCUUUGGUCUUAAAUUAAUUUGUAAAUAGCUUCUAUUUACUAGUUUCGAAAAUCCAGCAUAUCAGGACGAUCAUGUCAUGAUCAAAGCUUUAUGAUUGAAUACACUUCAAGGUUUUUUGUAGAAAAUGUGAUUCCCGAUGCAAUAACGCUUAAAAUAAUAUAGGAAAUAAAAUAUGUGCCAGGAUUUAUUUUUAUGAAAUUAAUGAAUUGCAAUAUUGGUUUAUUGAUAAACUUGUUUAUGUUAAGCACGUUUUUUUUAAAUAAUAUACCUAUCACAAGCA